UAUUCCCCUGUCAGCUGAACAGAAAAAAAUGAUCAAGAUUUUUACAAGUUUUACCAAAUUUCUACCUCAAAAUGAGUGUCGAUGACGAAGUUGAUGUUGUAAUCAUUGGUGCUGGUGUUGCAGGACUUACCGCUGGUUAUCAGCUGUGGAAAAAAGAUCAUAGCAUCCGUGUUGUAGUUUUAGAAGCAAAAGAUCGAGUUGGAGGCAGAACACUGACUGUGAAGAUACCAGCAGCCAAAGGUGAAGAUGACUUUGAUCUCGGUGGACAGUGGGUAGGAUCAUGCCAACCUCACAUCACAUCCCUCCUGGAGGAACUUGGGAUCGAAAGAUAUAAGCAGUUCACAACAGGUGCGAAGUGUAUGCAGCUUGGACAGAACAAUCAGAUUCGAUACUACAAGAAUGGUUUGCCUGGCCUAUCAUUCCUUUCCCUCAUUGACCUGUUUUUCUUUUCAAGCAAGGUCGAGAAGAUGUGUCUAAUGGUUCCUGUCGACAAUCCAUCAGAAUGCCCACAUGCUGAAGAAUGGGAUGGAAUGACAGGUGAAACAUUUGCCAGAAAACACCUAUGGACUCAAGGUGCUCGUGAUGCCAUAGACUCGGCCUUAACAUGUAUAUUUGGUCGGCUGCCUAAAGACAUGUCUUUCCUGUACUUCCUGCACUACUGCCAUGCUGCCGGGGGUCUGCAGGCUGUCAUCGAAUCGGAGGAAAAUUCUGGACAAGAAUAUAAAAUCAAAGGUGGUGCUCAACAGGUCUCUCAUAAAUUGGUGGAGAAAAUUGGACCAAAGAAUGUUUUGUUAGGCCAGCCAGUCAAGAACAUAACACAGGGUAGUGAGGCUGUGCGUGUAGAAACAAUGGGAGGCAGACGCUUCAGAUGUAAGCGGGUGAUAGUGGCGACACCGCCAAAUAUGGCUGGUAACAUCCAGUAUGAGCCAGCUUUGCCGGCAGCCAAGAGUGAGAUAUAUCAGCACAUGCCUGUUGGGUAUCUCAUCAAAGUCAUCGUCACUUACAAAAAGGCAUUUUGGCGAGAUGCUGGAUUAUCAGGAGAGGUUGUUACAAAUGGCGGCAAAUCUAUCGUAGCUGGCUGCACUUCUGGUCCCCUGUGUGUUGUGUUCGAUGCAACGACCAUCAAUCAAAAUCCUGCCUUAGUUUCAUUUAUUGGAGCGAAACAGGGAAUUGAAUGGUCUAAAGAACCGUUUGAAGUGAGAAAAAAAGCUGUCCUAAACAACCUAGCCGAAUGUUUGGGUGCGGAAGCCAUGGACUGCAUCUUCUAUAGAGAGAAAAAUUGGGCUGAAGAACCAUAUAAUGGAGGAUGUCCCGUCAGUACGGUGAUGCCUGGUGCUAUGACUUGCUUUGCUAGUGGUCUCAGGGAGCCAUUUCAACGGGUGCAUUUUGCUGGUACGGAGUCUGCCACGGUUUGGUGUGGAUUCAUCAAUGGUGCCGUCCAAUCAGGAAUUAGGGCUGCUAAUGAGGUUUUAUACCAUCUACGGCCACAGACGCUGACUGCUGAAGAUAUCAAGAUUACAGCUUACGCUCCAAAAUGUCCAAAGACGACUCCAAAUUCUCAGAGAAAGAGGUCGCUGAUUAAGUGGACGCUGGGACUCGGUACUUUAAUUGUGGUAGUAUAUGCUGUUAAGAAAUCGCUUCUUAAUUCUUCCAAUUAAGAAGUUGAGCAAUAAUUGUUUAAUGGGUUUGAGUGUCUCCUCUUGAACCCUAUGGUGCUAUCAGCAAUCUAAUUUCAACUGAAAAUUGAGUAGCUCGCAACUGCGCUGCUCAUUCUAGUCUAGCCACAGUGAGUAAUUGUGGUGAGCGGAUUUCUGGUUAGCAAAUGUUUGGCCCAAAAAGAACACCUUAUUUUGCUUGAAGUUUGCAACUUACAUCGUGUCUUUUCAACAUACCAGCCUCUCUUAAGGUUGUAUGAUGCUUGUGGAUGCGAACAUGAUAUCAAAACAGAUGUCAUGAACUUCUAGUCUAAGAUCAUGACGUUUUGUAAAUGUAUUGAGUUGACUGAUGUCAUGACACUACAUUUUAUUAUUUGAUGAUAACCUGCAGAUGUUUCUACCUAUUUGGGUACUUUAGAUUUUAUUGGAAUGUCUUGGGGGGACAUGCUCAAACCCAUGAGACGAAAGAGAUUGAUUGUGAUAUUUUUGUUUGUUAUACUUAAGUUCGGUACAUCUUGUGAUAAUCAGAAUUCCAUCCUGCAACUCUUUCUCAAAAAGUUUCUUUGAUAUCUGUGAAUUGGUUUAAGAAUUUCUAAAGAAAAUUCAUUUUACACUUGAGUGAUAGUUUUGAUGAGAUAGACAAUGGAAAUGUGAUCAAAACUAGAAUUUACACUGAAGUAGACAUUUCAAUUCCUAUCGAAUGGAAUUUGUUCGAAGAUAUUUUUAAAGAUGACACAGAUAAUAGGUCUAGAUACUCAAGUGUAUAUCUGGAGGCAAAUGUUUAUGUUGAUAAUCAAAAUAAGUCAGCUUUAACGCUCUAUUUCAUGAUCCUGUAGAUCUAAAGGUUGAGGGGAGGAAAAAAACAGCUUUCUCUUCUGUAAUCAUUUCAUUAUUCGUGGCGUUGUGGCAAUCAUAUUUUAAUAUGCUCAUUUGUAGAUAUGUUUGUACAGUGUGUUUCCGAAGAGUGGAGUUAAAAUUUUCUAAAUCAUACAAAAAUCAGAAAUUGCAACUCUUACUCUCCUCUUUUUGAAACACCCAGUAUUUUAUGCACCAUAUUUAUAGAUUUAAUAAAUUUUAAUAAUUUAGAUAGUUGGGUUAUAAAUUUGCUGCUGAAUGAUUUGAUAGAAGUCUAUGCAUAAACGUCCUAGCUUGUAGUUAUAGACUGAAAAAACAUUUUGCUGCUUCUUAGAAUGAGAUGGUUUAAAUUAGCCUUCAGAGCAAAAUAACUAUGAAACUUUAUUAACCCUUUCUCUGAAAAGGCCAUUUUCGGCCAGCAGCAUCCAGUGCUAAGCAGUGUCGACAUUUAUCCGAUUGUGCAAAUAAUUUCAAGAGUGUCAACAUCUGUAGUAUCUGGAUCAAACUAGAGAGGUUGCACCCCAUGAAUAAUUGUUUAGUACAUGACGUGUUAUGCACGUCAUCCUACAUGUCACCCACAACAAAUGGUUAAAGAACUGCUUUUCACUUGGAGAUUACACUUUUUCACUUUGAGAUUAUCCAUUCUAUGCAAUUCAAGAUUUGGCUUAUUAGAUUAUUGGUCAUGUUUGAUACAGAAACGCCACAGAAAUGUAUACAGUGGAACCUCCCUUAGCGGACACCUCUCUAUUAAGGACAACCUCUCAAUUAAGGACACUAGGUUUGGUCCCAAAUUGGUUGUUUCCAUUCAAUUUAAUCUCUCUAAUCAGGACACCUCUCUAUUGAGGACAGCACUUGUCAGUCCCGAGGGUGUCCUUAAUAGAGAGGUUCUACUGUAAUUGGAGUAUGAAAACUACUUAAAGCACAUUGUGAUUUUUAUUCAAUUAGUGUACAUGUCUGUGCCAUUUUAUGAUGUAUUUGUGCCACAAACUCUGUAACUAUUGAUUAGUGCUGGCCCAGUGUAAUAUAUUUCUGUUUUUUGAGUGUUCCCCUCAUUGUUUGGGAAUGCUAAAAGACAGAUGGACACGUUUUCCUGUGUUUCCCCCUCCUGGAAAGUCAUGGUCUCUCCAGUUGUCUUUUGUAUAGAAACACUGAAAUAUGAUAUACAAACACUGAAAUAUGAUAUACAAACACUGAAAUAUGAUAUACAAACACUGAAAUAUGGAGAAAGCAAUAAGGUUACACGGGCUGUCAGAAACUCGGCCCUUCUCCUCUGUGAAGUUUUAAGAGGUGGCCAGUUUUAUGUGCCGUUCAAGUUUAAUUGUUUUGCGGAGUCGGUUCAGAAUCAUAAGUAUGCAAGAGCAUAAGAAAUUAAUAAAAGCAUGUUAAGAGAAUACUUUGUGUGUUUAUAUUGUAGUUUGCAUCUUGCCAUGAGGAGCUAUUGUUAAUUUGUGUGUAUUACAGGGGGGGGGGCCAAGGAUGGUUCAAGAAAAUCUGUGUACAUGAGUACGCUGUGUCGCUCAAAUGAGCUUGCCAUUUGUUCAGGUGGAAGAGUGGUACUCCAAUAAUUUAGACAAGGACAAAGAAACUGCUUCACCUCAUCCAAUGGGGUUACGACGCCAGUAGUGAUGAGGAUGA